CUUAUUAUUGGACUCAGGUGUGUUAAUGCUGAGACACAGGAGACCAGCCCUCAUGAAGAAAAAAUAACUGGCCAAAAUAAAUCACAUUACACCAGUCAUUACCGACUCCAUUUCUUAAUAAACAUAAUUAAAAAACUAAACAAAGACAAAAAAAACAAGAAAAAAAACUGGUGGUCUGUAAAGCCCUGAAUGGUCUUGUGUUUAAAAACAUUUCAGCUGCUCAAAUCCCAAAGCAUUAAGAGCCUUUUCUAUCUAUACAUGUAUUAUGUCCCAAAAAAUUGUGCUAUACCUUCAUAAUUUUCAAAUACUUGAGUAUUGUGACACAAAAAUCCCCAAAAUAGUAGUGGAAUUCAUGUUAAUGAACUUAUGAUUUUUAUAUAAACUGCAAUGCAAGACAUGCAUUAGAGAAAAAGAACAGAAAAAGAAUGUCCCACCUCCAACUCCCUCCAAAUUGCUGCCCUGGGCUACUGCCCAUCAGCCCUUUCUAUAGUUUGAUUCAGACAAUAUAUGAUAUAUUUAUGUAUAUGUAUGCAUUUCUGUGUAUGAAUGAAUUCAUGCAAGUUGUAAUGUCUUUAUAUGCAUCACAUGAGGGACACAUCAAUACUUUUCUGCCAUAAACAUGAAUGAAAACAAAACACUUCCUGUUAGUAGAAGAAGUACACAGCCACAAGAAUUUGUUUAGCAAAUAUGCCGCAUUCAAAGCAUGUAGGAACUAAUCUAACUGUGGACACUCUGACUCACAAACCUGUCCCACUUCUUUUUCUGUUCGUUACGGUUUUCCCUAGAAAUGAAAGUGGAAUAAUUCUUUAUUUUUUUUUUUUUUUUUUUUUUUAAAGAAGCAGAAACCCUGUUUUGUAACAUAAAUAUUACUGACAGCUUUCCGAACAUAAGGUGGAGGUGAUUCAAUUGUUUUGCUUAUUUUCGUUUUUCCUGAAAUGAUCAUCAUCAAAGUGGCUGACACUCCCUUUGCAUACCAGCCGUGUCAGACAAGCAGCAGUACCUUCCCCAAGUGGUUUCUAGUUUCAUUUCUGCUCUGCUGUCAGAGAGAAGAGGCACCGACUUCACGGAGGCAGACAGAGCCUGAGAGACUUCUCCGAAAACAUAUCCGGCUAUGUGUGGUCUGGGACUGACUCAGAAACAAAGUUCCUACUGAGAGUAGGUGAACAAGGCAAAAAUGUCCAGCAAAACAGCACUGCCCACAUCUGCAGGCAAAAAGCUUUUUUCGGAAGAAAUCAGAGAUUUCUUUACUGUUUUGGAUGUCAUUUAUGCAGAUCAGUUUGAAGAAGAGACCAUAGACCAAGAAACUGUUGAACAAGCAGAAGAGAAGUUUCUCAGAGGAGCACCAGCUGAAUGGUUAAACUUUCACAUCAGUGAUCUGGCUGAGUCGAAUGGCACGGGAUCUUCAUUCAUCAAAAGAGAUGGGUAUAAGAGACUUGUGCAGCAGAUUCACAAACGGAGAAACUACAUCGGAACACCAACAGUUAAACUGCUUCACCAGCAAGGAUGUGGGGGAACCACACUGGCCAUGCAAGUAUUAUGGGAGAUGAGAAAAACCCUCAGAUGCGCUGCCUUAAUGGGUUCUCCUCUGGAGUGCACAAAGAUUGCAAAGGAAGUUGUUCACCUUUUUACUGGAGGCAGCAAAGAUGAUCUCAACACUGUGCUGCUCUUGAUAAAUGAAGAGUUCAUUUUGGAGCAUCUUCAGGACAGCAUCAUGGCAGAGAUCGAAGAACAGCAGAUAGAUGUUGAUAUUCCUGUGGUAAUUUUAUUCAUCUGUGUGAGAAGUGACCACGCCAUCCUCAAAACUGAACACUACAGAGAACAAGAGGGCUUCAUGAAGGGUCAUGACUCUGACUACGUCAUCCUCAAAAGAACCCUCUCAGACACUGAAAAGGAAAAAUUGGAUACCAAGAAGGAAGAGCUCAGCCGAAAAUACGGAGCCAAAGCCUCCCAGUUCCAUGGUUUCAACAUACUACACAGUAAUUUCUCACAGGAUUAUAUCCAAGAAGCAUGUGCUGUCCUUAACACGGUUGGAAGGAAAAAUAAACCCCCGAAGACCCAACUUUUGUCCUUCCUGUCCUUGCUGAAUGCCUAUGUACCAGGCUCCUAUCUACUAGAGUCUGACUGCUUAGACUUCCUCAGACAUGACAGCUCCCUGCAGGGUGACCUUUCACUGGUGACCCGAAUGCAGCCUUUCAGUCAUCUCAUUAUCUCUUUUCAACAUGACAAAAGUUGUGAGAAAAGAAUCCGGAUGGCUCAUCCAAUGAUUGCAAAGCAUUGCACUGAACUACUGGCUAUUGCAGGAGUGCCCAGAAGUGACACGGCGAGAAACUUCUUGCGCCAAUUUUGUCCAGAUGAGGUUUCUCCAUGUUUGUUUGGCUUCAUCAAGGACUUGCUGACAAAACGAGAGCAUAAAAAGGAUGGGUCGAUCGAAGACUCGGAUCUGGAGAGAUUUUCUACUCUGAUUUUACACAUUAACGAGAUGGAAGACAAAAAACAAAAAAAAAGUGCAUCAGUUCUCAAGGUGGAAGACAAAAACCAGAGUGCAUCGGUUCUCAAGGUUGCAUCAAAGAAGUUUGAUAAGAACUCUUUGUUCCCCCAGGCACUUGCUAGGCUUUGUUAUGGAGAACUUGAAGACUACAAGGAAGCUGAAUUUUGGGCAAAAGAGGCAAUAAAACGAGACCCCAAAAAAUCCUUUAUUGCUGACACGUUGGGCCAAGUUCACAAAAACCAUCUAAGGAAUGAAAAGCUUUCACUCAAACCACGACAACUAUUACAGUUGGCCCAGAAAGCAAUUGAAGCUUUUGAGCAUGAAGAAAAACUUGCUGAAGAGGAACACAGGAAAAGUUUGACAGAAAAUGAGAAAUCUAAAGUCCAGUGGAGUUUAAACACCAGAGGGCAGUUUGGUUUCCUGCAGGUCUGUAACAUUCUGUUUGAUAAGCUUGCCAACCUAAAUGAGACUUGGAAGCAAGUGCUUACAAAGAAUGUGCCGAUGGGCUCAGUCUUGGAAUCACUUGGAGACAACAAACUAUUUAGGUUUCACCAUCUAAUAAAGAAUCUCAGGGAUGAAGUUGAGAAAAAAUUUGUGUUCUUUGACACCUUCCUCACUUAUUCACAGUCUGUCAUGAAAAAAGACAAAUCUUAUGUUUCAAAAACAGCUGCAGAUUGCUUCAAAAAGUAUGUUGGAGACUCUGUCCCUGAACACAAUGACAGACUCCAACAGACUUUCCAAAAACUGAAACAGAAACUGGCUAUCACAUCUGCUGGGGUCCUCUCAUGUCUAGACCGAACAUGUACCUCAGACAUUGAACACAUCAUUAAGUGGUGGGAGGAAAUCUGUCAAAGAAAUCAUUUUCCUACUGAUGCUUUUGUCAACUUUAUCCUUGCGAAGAUCAUGCUUUCAAACAAAAACAAGGCUGUAUCCAGUUCUGAUUACAAAAAUGAUUUAAAACUAAGAAAGCCACCGUCCUCUGCCACACAACCAGAAUAUCACCUUCUCUCUCUACUUCUGUUUUGGCCUACAGACGAUGAAGACAAACCAGUCUCUGAUCUCAAUCAAUUAAUCAAAGAUGCAAGUCAUGCUUAUGAGCGAGAAUACAAGACGAUGUUUCGAUCAAGAUACCUCCGACCUCUGUUUUUUCUUGGGCCAGGCAAAACCGUGAACAGAUUUGUUCCCCGACGGGAUCUUGAGAUCUUUUGGACCAAAAAUGCACUGGAAGAAUCAAACACAAACUGGAAGAAUGAGAGUAUCUUCAGAGAUUCCAUAGUUGAAGAACACCUUCUCAAAGUUGAAGGAGUGGUGCGAAACUACAGAGUCUAUGCAAGAUUCAGAGGUACUGAAGUUGAGGUAGAGGCCAACCGAAGGGACAGCCUCUGUAAAUCAGGUCAAGUCUCCUUCUACCUUGGAUUUACCAUCAAAGGUCCAGUAGCCUUCAGCGUUCGGAGAAAAUUCCUGGUCACUGAGGGGGAGAUCCAAAGACAGACCGAAGAGAAGCUGGAGGAACUCUGCUUCUCAGCUGAUCUGGGAACAUUUUCGGAUGCCUACUGA